AUGCCUGACCGGUGGGCGAGAAACGCCCUGCCGCGAGUCACCUGCUCCAGCCGGCGAAUACGAGCGGUUUUCGGUCCACUCGUUCAAAGUAAUCUGCAUGUUAAAGACAAAUCAGGGGCCAAAGUCCUGGUGCCAGCUGAGGAACACUGUGGGGUGAGAAAGGGCAGAGACAAAAAACACAGUCUCUCUUUCGUCAGUAGAUAUGACAGCUGCUACGCACAAAUUGAGGGUAACACGGUGGUCGUGCCCCUGGUGGUCCAGUUGGCUGGAGAUGAUCGGCGGUUCACGGUGAACAUAAGCUGUUCUUUAAUUAAGAGGCAUAGUCCAUGGCCCAGCCUCAGCCCAGCUUCAUUACCGGAAAAAUGUAACACCCCAAAUGCCCUGCGGGUAAACUGCGGCCCCCAAAGUCUUUCUGCUGCCACUUGCCACAAACUGGGAUGCUGCUAUGACGCUCAUCAUUCCUCCUGCUUUUACAGGCUUAAUGCUUGUUCCUUAGAUGGGCACUUUGUUUUCUCCGUGAAGGCAGAAGACCGAGAUCCCCCCAUCAACCCGAGCAGCUUGAUAGUCAAGGACCAGCCACACUGCUCCCCCGUCAUCGCCACUGCAGACAUCGCUGUCUUUAAGAUUGGCAUCACGGAUUGUGGUGCAAAGAUGAAGGUAGAUGGUGAAGUGACAAGCUAUGUGGUGGAGGUGGAGGAGAUGCAGACAAAGCCAGGGUUGAAACGUUCACCCUUCAGUCUCCAGGUCCAGUGUGAGUUCGUUGCAUCAGACCUCAGCCAUGCAGCCAACUGGCGCUCCAUUCAUAUUGCCACCAACCCACCGCCUGUGACUGCGCUGGGUACCGUAAGAGUUCAGAUGAGAAUUGCUACAGAUGCAUCCUUCACAUCCUUCUACCCCGAGGAGCAGCUUCCCCUGACCUUUCCCUUGCAAAAAGCCAUAUAUGUGGAGGUUUCCAUUGCACAGCCCUCCCCUGACCCUGACCUUUCUCUGCGUGUCCGGGACUGCUUUGCCUACCCAGCCUCCAGACACUCUGCCUGGACACUUCUCUAUGAUGGAUGCCCGAACCCCUUGGACAACAUGAGAAGCUCCAUCCUCGUGGACCACCAAGAGAAGACCGAUUCCCAGAUCAGGAGGUUUGACGUCAAGACCUUCGCCUUCUUGGAUCCUCAUACGGGCCGCCCGAGUGCUGAGGAGAUGUAUUUCUACUGUUGGGUGGAAAUCUGCACAGUGGAUGUCGAGUGUGCGCAGGCUUGCUCCUUCAUCUCAUCUGAGGGGAAAAGACAAAGGAGAGAGGCUGUGUCUGGGUCUAACCAGGUCCAGCUGGUCUCCUUGGGACCUCUGCUGUUGGGCCAAAGCAGCACAGAACUGGAACAGAAUCCAUGUAAUAAACAGAGCAGAGCUUUUCAGGUGACGUUAUACACGUUAUCUGCUGUGGGUACCACCUUGCUGUUGAUCCUGCUGCUUACUGUCUGGACGAGCACGAGGGCACAUCAUCUGGCUGCUGAGCAACCUUCUGAUACACCAGCAGAUACUGAACCAACCCAUUAAAGCUUUUCAG